UACAUCAACUAUAUGUGUGGGGCUGGCAUCAUCAAUAAGGAGCUGGACUACAUCAUUCGCAUGAUCAACACCAAGGGCUGCAUGAAAAGCUUCGGCGAGUGGUUGUCGAAAAACGACGCUGUCAUCGGCUAUGUCUGUCUCGGAGUUCUUAUUCCCCAGAUAAUUGGCGUGGUGGCAGCGAGGUUCUUUAUCAAACACUUGCGGAAAAGAAGAACUUCUUGGAAACACUUGAAGGACAAGGUGCAGAUUGUCUCAGAGCAGUAGACAGACACUGAGCGGCGCCAGAUGCAUGAUGGAUGGAUGCUACCACCACCACCAUUAUCAUCCCCAUCAUCAUCAUCAUCAUCAUCAUCAUCAUCAUCAUCAUCAUCA